AUGGCUGAUGAAAUCAAUCCUUUGCUGAAAAACAAUACUUGGACAUUGAUUCCCCCAUCUUCAUCUCAAAAUCUUGUUGGCUGCAAAUGGGUGUUCCGAGUAAAGCACAAUUCAUAUGGCAUUAUUGAACGUCACAAAGCGCGACUUGUGGCUAAAGGAUUUCAUCAACAACAAGGUAUAGACUACACUGAUACCUUUAGCUCUGUGAUUAAACCUACAACUAUUCGUGUUGUGCUUUCUCUUGUUGUAUCUCGAGGCUGGUCACUUUGUCAAUUGGACAUAAAGAACGCAUUCCUUCAUGGCUUUCUUAAAGAAGAUGUGUAUAUGACUCAACCACAGGGAUUCAUUGAACUAUCGCGGCCAUCUCAUGUUUGCAAGCUCAACAAGGCCAUCUACGGCCUCAAGCACGCUCCACGUGUGUGGUUUCACCGUAUGACAUGCUUCUUACUAUCAGUUGGCUUUGUUCAAAGUUUGGCUGAUUCAUCUCUGUUCGUUCACCAAUUCGGGAGUCAUACAAUUUAUUUUCUCCUCUAUGUUGAUGAUAUUGUAAUCACAAGUAAUGAUGAUAGACUUUUACAAAGUUUUAUUGAUGCAUUAGGUCGGGGCUUUGACAUCAAAGAUCUUGGAAAUCUACACUACUUUCUUGGUUUACAGGUUACAUCUCAAAAUAAAGGUGUUCAUAUCAGUCAACUCAAGUAUGCGUAUGAUCUCCUUCUGAAGCAUGAUAUGCUGCUUAGUAAACCAAUUAGUACUCCAAUGUCAGCAAAGGCUAUUCUCACUUCUAAUGAUGGUGACCUCCUUUCGAAUCCAUUGGUCUUUCGGGAAAUUGUUGGCUCCUUGCAGUAUUUGACAAUCACUCGUCUUGACAUUACCUUUACUGUUAAUUCUAUCACUCAGUUCAAGAGUCAGCCACGCACACCUCAUUUGAUUGCUGCCAAGCGCAUCCUUCGCUACAUCAAAGGCUCACUCAACAUCAUCCUACUUAUCUUGCUACCUAUGCUGAUGCUGAUUGGGCUUGCUGUCCAGACUCUUGUCGUUCAACGUCAGUGCUCUAAAAAGCAACUUACCGUUGCUCAUUCCAGUGCUGAGUCUGAGUAUCGCUCCCUUUCCCAUGCUAGUGCAGAGUCUACUUGGUUGGCUUACUUGCUUUAUGAACUUGGUGCUCGCAUUUAG